AGCCAGCGCCUGCCCGGCGGCUCGUCCCCCGUGCUCCAUUCCCGUUCCGAUCAGACAACUCCCCGGGCAAGGCUCCUCGGAAGGAAAAAAAAAAACUGAAACAGCCCUCGGUCGUCCGUCCGUCCCCAACGCCCCGGUCUCUCAAGCAAGACCGGAAAUCCUCCCCGCGGCGUCGUCGCGGGGCAGCGCCGCCCCAGAUCCUCCGGCCAUGGACGGGCUACUGUCCAAACUCCGGAGCCUGGACGCGUACCCCAAGGUGAACGAGGACUUCUACAGCCGCACCCUCUCCGGCGGCGCCAUCACGCUCGCCUCCUCCUUCAUCAUGCUCCUCCUCUUCGUCUCCGAGCUCCGAUUGUAUCUUCAUGCAGUUACAGAGACAACACUAAGGGUUGAUACCUCAAGAGGAGAAAAACUUCGCAUAAAUUUUGAUAUCACCUUUCCAGCCCUUCAGUGUUCUAUUAUUAGUGUUGAUGUGAUGGACAUCAGUGGACAAGAGCACCUUGAUGUGAAACAUGAUGUAUUCAAGCAGCGAAUCGAUGCACAUGGCAAUGUUAUUGCAACUAAGCAAGAUGCAGUUGGUGGGAUGAAGGUGGAAAAACCUUUACAACAUCAUGGUGGAAGGCUUGAACACAAUGAGACCUAUUGUGGCUCAUGUUAUGGUGCACAAGAAUCUCCUGAACAAUGUUGUAACUCGUGUGAAGAUGUCCGUGAAGCAUACAGAAAGAAAGGUUGGGGCGUAUCAAAUCCAGAUUCGAUCGAUCAGUGCAAAAGCGAGGGCUUCCUACAAACGAUAAAGGAUGAAGAAGGUGAAGGAUGCAACAUUUAUGGCUUUCUGGAAAUUAACAAGGUUGCUGGGAAUUUCCACUUUGCUCCAGGGAAAAGCUUCCAGCAGUCAAAUGUUCAUGUUCACGAUCUGCUUCCAUUCCAAAAGGAUAGCUUCAAUCUCAGCCAUAAGAUAAAUAAAUUGAGUUUUGGAGAACCCUUUCCUGGUGUGAUCAAUCCCCUUGACGGGGCGCAAUGGAUCCAGCAUUCAUCAUAUGGAAUGGCUCAAUACUUUGUUAAGGUUGUUCCCACUGUAUACUCUCACAUAAAUGAGCAAAUUAUUCUCUCCAAUCAGUUUUCUGUGACAGAACAUUCCAGAAGUGGCGAUAGUGGUCGGGUACAAGCUCUUCCUGGCGUGUUUUUCUUUUAUGACCUUUCACCAAUUAAGGUCACGUUUACGGAGCGCCAUGUCUCGUUCUUACACUUCUUAACUAAUGUAUGCGCUAUUGUUGGAGGUGUGUUCACUGUUUCUGGAAUCAUAGAUUCGUUUGUCUACCAUGGCCAGAGGGCAAUCACUAAGAAGAGGGAACUCGGCAAAUUCACCUGAGUUUUCAAUCAAGCCUUCCUAUUGCUGCAGUACCUCCUUUUGAAUGACUCUAGUCUGUAGCUGCAGUAGAAAGAGUCUUCUCCGAAGUCCGAAAAGUGUACAACUGAACCAACAGGCCGGUAUCUUUGUCACAGCUUGUGCUCUGGAACUCCUGGUGCGCUGCCUGCUUUCCGGCUGAAGCUGCCAGCAUACAAAAUGGCUUGUCUGCGAUGUUCGUAUAUCGCUCAGGCAAAUGGAACAUUUCGGAGGUGCUCAAUUUUUGUACACUUAAGUCCACAAGGACAAAGGUUUUGUCGUUCUAAACUGCAAGUUUUUGUAUUUUUGUAAAUCUGUGUAAGAGUGAUGUAGACUGUACAAUACUCAUGACAGGUAUUUUUCUUAGACAUUUCGUAGCUCUUACAGGCCAGGUUAAAAAAAAACAAAAAAAACGUAAAGACCAUUUGAAGGAAACUAACUUCAGUU